AUGUUCCAGUUCCGGGUCAUUGAUGACCAUGUGGGUGAGCUGAGCAAUGACACCACCCGCUUGGAGAGCGAGUCAACCACGAGGAGACAAGAGGAAACGCUUAAGGAGAUCCAAGUAUGUGUAGAGAUCAUGCUGAUUUGGGCUGUAACCUUCUGGACAAACUCCGAGGCUGCAACAGCAAAGGAGAUCUGGUUGAUAAGAGGAUGGCAUGGAGCUGGAAGCCUCUACUACAAUGGUAAAGGGAGCUCCAAGAUUGUAGAGGAUCGCAAUGAUCUCCGCUCAGGAACGACAAUGGCGGCAGAUAAGCUGCAAGACCAUAGUGGCGCUAAAGAUAAGAACUUGUUGCAAAAGAACCCUCCCUCGAGUGCUUGUACAGCACACGAUUCCACGAUUUCGUACCAAUUCCCAUCGUCGUCUGGGAGUCCAUCCCCUCCCCCCAUCGUACCAUCGUCGCCCGAUCUGGCGCAUCAAAACCAACCCGGGCCCUCCGACCCCUACCUCGCCCUCCCACCGCCUGAAGACGAGAUCCCCGACCUUGGCGAGUUACCCUCCGAACAACCACCCUCGCCUCCACCUCACACGCCUGCCCCUACCAUGUCAGGGCAUCACCGCAUCACACUCGCCGCCAACCCCCCCUACUUCGAUGGCGACAAGUCCAAAUACCUGGGCUUUGUGGACGCGUGCACCACUUACAUCGGUGCCUAUCGAUCGGAGUUCUCACAAGAUGAGACCAAAAUCCUCUUUGUCCUCUCCUACCUCCGUAACGAGAACGGCACGAGCUGCGCUGCCUCGAGAUGGGCGAUGAACUGGAAGCAGCACAACUUCGAUGGCUUCCAGGGACUGAAGGCAGGAGUCACAUCAAAGAACUUCCUGGAGGAGUUUCAGAGGGCGUUCGGGGACUCCAAUGCGGAACAAGUCGCCGCUGCUCGGCUUAUGGCCCUGCAUCAAAACAAACGAUCCUUCGCGGACUACAUCUCCGACUUUGAGAUGCUGGCCGCGGAUGCAGGCUACAAUGUGGUUGACACCACCGACGACAAAGGCAAAUACAAGAAGGGGGACCAGGAUAAUAUCCUCAUCGAGUUCCUGGAGCGCGGACUCAGCAGCGAGAUCGCCAGCCGUCUCUACAACACCGGUGUCCCUCUGCCCAAGGCCUAUGGAGCGUUCAAAGCCUGGUGCAUCAACAUCGAAGCCAAUGCUCUGCGUGACCAGCUGCGCAAAGCGUCGUAUGGGCACCCCACACAACGACCACCUCCCCAGUUCCGUCCCCAAACGGCACCAGUGGCGCCCACACCCGCUCCGGCCCGACCCGCUGCCAACGAACCGGUUCCGAUGGAAAUCGAUCGUACCCAUACCCGCGGCCGCAAUAUCAUCUGCUACAACUGUCAGCAGCCCGGGCACAUUGCGCGGAACUGCCCGGAGCCCAAGAAGAAGCGCACGUUCUUCAAUCGGGCCACAAUGCUGGAAGAAAUCGAGAAUGGGGACAAGGACAACGAGUUCCUGAAGGAGAUUGCCGAGAAGCUGCGCGAGAAGGGUUUUUGA